AUUUCCCCUAACACUACCUGUUUUUGGUAUAUCAACUAGGUUUUGGAAAGGAAUACAGUUCAAUUCGUCACUAGCUUGUUCUAGAGCUUUCAUUGCCAACAAGGGAAAUGAAAGAAAUGAUAUGGGAAAAUGAUGAAUGUCAGAAUCAAGACAUGGAAUUAGAUAAUGUAGCCAAGUUUCUUCAAGGCAAGACCAUAUUAGUCACUGGUGCAACAGGAUUUUUAGCUAAGGUCUUUAUCGAGAAGAUAUUACGGCUUCAACUAAACGUGAAUAAGCUUUAUCUUCUUUUGAGGACUUCAAAUGAUAAAUUCGCCACACAACGCUUAGAAGAUGAGAUCAUAAGCACAGAAUUAUUUAGAAUUCUCCGCGACAAAUGGGGUUCAAAAUUUGAUGCCUUGAUAUCAAGUAAGGUGGUAGCAGUGGAAGGUGAUAUCUCUUCUGAAAACUUGGGAUUGGAAGAUUCAAAACUAAGAGAAGAGAUGAGGAAGGAAAUAGAAAUUGUUGUAAAUUCUGCUGCCACAACUUGCUUUAAUGAAAGGUAUGACAUUGCGUUGGGCAUCAAUACAUUUGGAGCUUUCAAUGUUUUGAACUUUGGGAAGAAAUGUGAUAAAAUAAAGCUAUUUCUCCACAUUUCAACCGCUUACGUUUGCGGUGAAAAGGCAGGAAUAAUAUUAGAGAAACGAUUUUAUAUGGGUGAGACUUUGAAAGGAACACAUAGCAUAAAUAUAUUUGAGGAAAAGAGAACUAUGGAAGAACAAUUAGCUCAACUACGAUGCCAUGGUGCUCCAGAUAAAGCAAUAAAGUCAUCCAUGAAGGAAUUUGGCCUUAAAAGGUUUUGUUUAUAAUACCGGGCAAAAUUGAAUGGGUGGCCAAACACAUAUGUAUUUACAAAGGCAAUGGGAGAGAUGCUUUUAGGACAGUUCAAAGGAGAUUUGCCACUUGUUAUUAUACGCCCCACCGCGAUUGCAAGCACUUAUAAACAACCUUUCCCUGGUUGGAUUGAAGGUGUUAGAACCUUUGAUAGCUUCAUUGUGAGUUAUGGAAAGGGGAAAUUAACAUGUUUUCCUGCCAAUCCUAACACUAUUGUUGAUGUGAUACCGGUUGAUAUGGUGGUAAAUGCCAUGGUUGUGGCCAUGAGAGUUCAUUAUGCAGAACGUCAUGUUUGUGAGACCAUUUAUCAUGUCAGCUCCUCAUUCAGAAAUCCCUUAACACUCUCAGAUCUUCGAAACCUUUUCCACUGUUAUUUCAUUAAAAACCCAUGGAUUGAUGCAAAUGGGCUGAGAGUGAAAGUUGGUCAACUAACAUUUUUCAGCAAAGCUAAUAGAUAUUUGCUGCUCAUGCAAAUGAAAUAUGUGCUCCCACUGAAGGUACUUUAUUUGGCGAAUAUACUUUGUUGCCAACGUUUCAAAAAAAUUUAUAAAAAUCUUAAUCGUAAAAUCAACUUCGCAAUCCAAUUAGCAAAACUUUACGAACCUUAUGCAUUCUUCUUAGGAAGCUUUAAUGAUGGAAAUUUGGUGGAACUACAAAGGGUGGCUGAAGAGCAAGGCAUUGAUUUAGUUGAAUUUAAUUUUGAUUCCGAGAGUAUUGAGUGGGAAGAGUAUAUGAUGAAUAUUCACAUUCCGGGCCUUUUAAAAUAUGGGAUUAAAUCUUAGGUGCUAUGUCAUACCAAUGACCCACGUUGCUUAUUAUAUAUAAUUUAAGAAAUAUUCUUAUACCUUCGAUUCUAAAAUAAAAUCAGUUACUAAAACUUUACAGA